AUGGCAGGCCCAACCAAGCGAAAGCGAGACGAAGAUACCAAACGCACCUCUAGCAACUCACCUAGCUCAGGAGAUGCUUCUAAUUCGCCUUCAUCUACUCAUGAGGAGCAGGGCCAAGAAAUGCCUUCCAGGCACCCCAAGAAGAAGCGCGUUGAUGGAGAAAGAACCAAAUAUCCAGAAUUGACUUACUUUCCUGGUAAGAACGACCAAUCUGUACGAAUCGCAGACCUUCAAUCUCUACUUCUGUAUUGUUUCGGCGACGGAAUCGCCCCGCAAUGGAUCUCAGUCAAGCACUCUGGACAUAUGCGCAAAGCUGUUGUGCUCAUGGUACCGGGGCUUGAGCCUGAUAUGUUCAAUGGCAAAAUACCUUUGGAGCCAGUUUCAACCAAGCCCGAGGAUCAAGAAGCGGAUCAAACCUCAGCGCACGACGAACCGACCCCCGAAGAACGAAAAGCGGCCGCGUUCGAACGAUGGAUGAAAGGGCAGCCUGUGGAGGAGAAUACUGGCCGGUUUAGCCCACGCCAUCUAGCGGCAGAUCAUCUGCCCGCAUGCUUGCGUCCUUUGUCUCAGAUCUUCCCUCACGUCUGGCCCAUUAGAGCCCCCGGAGACAACAAGUACAACAAAGCGUUUUUGUUAACCCCGCUGCCCAAGUCUAAGGACCAAAAAAGCCACGGGAAAGGCCCGCGCCCUCCUCGAGUGGACAAGGACUUUGUCGCAAAGCGAACACCUAUCACGACGUUCGUUAGCACGCCAGACCAGCUCCGCGAAAAUGACUACAUUCUUCACCCCGCAUUCUUCACCUCUGAUGCUGAAAAAGCUGCGGAGGCUGAGGUUCGUCGGCGAAAUAAACAGUCUACGGAAGAUGGGUGGGUCGACACGUUGGUUCCUAACCUCGAGGCAGGCGACAUACCAGAGGCUGAGGUCGAAAGUGGCAGUAUGACAGCAGCGCGGGACGUGCUUGCUCUGGACUGCGAGAUGUGCAUUACCGAAGGAGGCCAGUCAGAGCUGACACGAAUUAGCAUCAUUAACUGGGAUGGUGAGCCGAUCAUGGACGAGCUAGUCAAGCCAGCCCGGCCAGUCACCGACUAUCUCACUCGCUUCUCGGGCAUCACAAAGGAACUUCUUGAUCCCGUCACAACUACGUUGCAGGAUAUCCAGAAAAAACUGCUUUCUCUUUUUACUCCUCGAACUAUUCUCGUCGGUCACUCCCUGAACUCCGACCUUGCGGCAUUGAAAAUGACUCACCCAUUUAUUGUGGACACUGGCGUUAUUUACCCCCAUCCUCGGGGCCCACCAUUGAAGUCUAGCCUGAAGUUCCUUACUCAGAAGUAUCUCAACCGGGAGAUCCAACAAAGCAUCGCAGGUCAUGAUUCGAUUGAAGACGCUCGUGCAGUGCUUGAGCUCGUGAAGCAAAAGUGUGAAAAGGGAGUACAGUGGGGUACCAGCGAAGCUUCCAAUGAAAGCAUUUUCAAUCGUCUCGCGAGGGCUAAAGGCUCCGGGAAGGAUGCUGAUAAAGGUGGGCGCACCGGCGCAGUGGUGGACUGGGGAAACCCAGAGCGUGGGUUUGGGGCUCAAGCCACUGUCUCUGUUGGAUGCACAAGCGACGAAGAUGUGGUCAAAGGAGUUGCUAGCACGGUGAACGGAGAUGCGUCAAUCCCAGCUAUCCCCGAAAAGGGCGUCGAUGUCACUUGGGCCCGCCUCCGCAACCUUGAACAGUUUCGUGGCUGGUGUACUCGUCUUCCCGAUGUAAAGAACGCCAACGAGUCGACCGAGGUUGUCCCACGAGGAGAGACAGAGAAGAGGGAUCCUUCCGCGUACGACCCUGGUCUUGCGACUACUGUGGCUCAGACAGUGGCCCACAUCUCUCAAAUUUAUGAAUCACUUCCGCCCUGUACCCUGUUCAUAGUGUACUCCGGUACGGGUGACCCAAGUGAAAUCGGUCGCCUGCAGGCGAUGCAUAAAACGCAUCGUGCAGAAUUCCAGGCCGGUGUACCGUGGGAUCAACUUUCGGUGAAAUGGACGGACACCGAGCAGCAGGCCCUUUCUAGCGCGUGUGAGCGGGCUCGACAGGGAUGUGGGUUCAUGACCGUCAAGUAG